CGUAUCCGUAUCCGUGUAAAGAUGGCGGAACUAGAUGAGUCUAGCAAGCCUUUGUUUGCAGGUUUGUCUGACAUCUCAAUUUCAGAGGACAUCCCAGUGGAGGGAGAUAUAUCUGUGCCUGUGGGCUCGCAGAAUGCUGACAACGAUCUCUCGACGCUGGAUGAGCCUGUCAAAGACACUAUUCUGAGGGAUCUAAGAGCCAUUGGACAAAAGUUUGUCCAUGUUAUGUACCCCAAGAAAAGUUCUGCACUACUCAGAGACUGGGACUUAUGGGGACCUCUUAUCCUCUGUGUGACUCUGGCCUUAAUGCUGCAGAGUGGGUCUGCUGACAGUGAGGAGGAUGGCAGACCACAGUUUGCAGAAGUCUUUGUCAUCAUCUGGUUUGGUUCUGUAAUCAUCACCCUCAACUCCAAACUCCUGGGAGGAACUAUAUCAUUUUUCCAGAGUCUGUGUGUGUUGGGGUACUGUAUUCUUCCUCUGACUGUGGCCAUGAUAGUUUGCCGUAUCGUUCUUCUGGGGGGCUCAGGCAUCAUCGGUUUUGCUGUCCGUCUUAUAGUUGUCACCGCAUCCUUCAGUUGGUCAACAUUUGCCUCCACAGCAUUUCUUGCAGACAGCCAACCGGCCAAUAGGAAAGCCCUGGUCGUGUAUCCAGUGUUCCUGUUCUACUUUGUGAUUGGCUGGAUGAUCUUGACAUUUUCGCCUUCUCAUUAGCAUAUAUAUACCCUACGCCAAUUGCAAAAUGAACUCCUCUUCUUUAAUAAGACAACCAGCAGACCAUCUGGAGCUGGCCAGUGAUUGGCCAAGCCUAAAAACAGGCGGAGCACUUUGAUGGACAUUCAGAAAGGGACUGAAGACAGUAAGGGGAUAAUGGCAUAGAUAUCACUCCUCCCCAUCCCUCAUUCAGUUGGAUAAGAGGAGAGGAAAUGAGUAGAGGAGACUAAUUCUUCAGCGCUACUAAUUUAACAACAGCCUACAUGUCUUCAUUAUGUGAAUCUUUUGUAGUGUGAGGAACGUUAGUGCCCCUUCUGAGCAGUUCCAGAUGUACUCACACCCUUAACACGGAGCCGUACUAUCUUCUGUGUGUCUCGGGUAGGACUUUAUGUGUGGA